GAAUUCGAAGCUACAUUUCAUGAGAUAUGGGAGCUUCAUUUAUAGGCCCCGAACACUGGAAAGUCAACAAAAACGACAACCAUGGCCAUGAUGAAAUCUGCAAUCAAGCAAUUUGGUUUCAUUUGCAGAACAUCUGGAUAACGCGAACCUUGGUGUGUGUUUGUGGAGCAUCGGUUUCCACGACUGCCACAUAUAUCCGCUUGCCAUUCUUGGACUAAACCCCCAUGUCCAUUGUGAAAAGUGCAACACUGGAAACCUUCACUCGUCCCUUGUCACAUCAAAGCCCUGUACCCAUGUCUAGAUUGGUUCUCAAGGACUGUAAGUUUCGGACACACGACGUUUUGUACAAACCAAGCUCUUCUCUUCCUUCUAGGAAGCUUCAAUUGUAUCUGGAUGUAAGAGGGGAGUUUCCUGAAGCUAAGAAUGGAAGAAGUUUGUCAAUCCUUAACAAGCCAUGGAGUCCAGUAGUUACAAUCCCUUCUUCAGUCAUUCAAACUUCAAGGAACUCUCAAGUUUGGUGCAAGGCUGCAACAAAUUUAUCUGGAGAUGUCCCCAGUAAAACACCCGAUGGAAUGAGUCAGUAUGAGAGAAUAAUUGAAACUUUGACGACUCUUUUUCCGGUUUGGGUCAUAUUGGGCACCAUUGUUGGCAUCUACAAGCCGGCUGCUGUAACAUGGUUGGAGACAGACCUUUUCACUCUUGGCCUAGGUUUCCUCAUGCUUUCAAUGGGAUUGACACUAAGAUUUGAGGAUUUCAGACGCUGUUUGCGGAAUCCAUGGACUGUUGGUGUAGGAUUUCUUGCUCAAUACUUGAUUAAACCCAUGUUGGGCUUCAUCAUUGCAUUGACUCUGAAACUGUCUGCACCUCUUGCAACUGGUCUUAUUUUGGUCUCAUGCUGCCCCGGAGGUCAGGCAUCAAAUGUUGCAACUUACAUAUCAAAAGGAAAUGUGGCACUUUCUGUUCUCAUGACAACGUGUUCAACUAUUGGAGCUAUUGUUAUGACACCACUCCUCACUAAGCUUCUUGCUGGUCAGCUUGUUCCAGUUGAUGCUGUGGGUCUGGCAAUCAGCACUUUUCAGGUUGUUUUAGUGCCAACAAUUGUUGGAGUGUUGGCAAAUGAAUUCUUCCCCAAAUUCACUUCCAAAAUAGUGACAGUGACACCUUUGAUUGGAGUUAUUCUCACCACACUUCUCUGUGCAAGCCCAAUUGGACAAGUUUCAGAUGUAUUGAAAACUCGAGGAGCGCAACUAAUACUUCCAGUGGCUUUCCUACAUUGUGCUGCAUUUGCACUUGGUUAUUGGCUUUCAAGAGUAUCAUUUGGCGAAUCCACUUCUCGGACUAUUUCUAUAGAAUGCGGGAUGCAGAGCUCUGCACUUGGGUUUUUGCUCGCCCAGAAGCAUUUUACAAAUCCCCUUGUUGCUGUCCCUUCUGCUGUCAGCGUUGUUUGCAUGGCUCUUGGUGGGAGUGCUCUUGCCGUCUUUUGGAGGAACAAGCCGAUACCUGUUGACGACAAGGAUGACUUCCAGGAAUAAUGAAAAUCCUGUCUCGGGCUUUGUUCUUGAAAAAAUUUAUUUGCAAGCCUGUUUUUUUUAUACAUCUAACACAACACUGAAGUGGAUCCCACAAUGAUAAAAAGUAUUGGUAUUUUAACUUUUUUAUAACUAUAGUGGAUUCCACAAGUGGUGUGCUGAUACAUAGGCUUGCAAAUAACACAACCUCUUGUUCUUUAUGGGUAUUGUUUCUCGCUAAAUUAAGCCAGUUCGAAGGAUUUUUUUGUGGUCCUCUUCUCAGGUUCUUAUUUAGAAUCAUUGGAAUUCUGUGAAGACAUCAAUGGAAAAUUAAGGGGAUGCGAGUGUUUGGGUUUCAGGUAUUUGUUUCUGCAGAGCAUUAAAACUGGAAUUUAGGAACUGAACUUUUUUGUUUCAUAUUGAAAAUAACAGAUUUUUUAA